AUGGCGACUAUCAACAACUCUCUGGCAGAGCUGCCUCUGGAGCAGCUGUCGCUCUACUAUGUCACUGAUCCUUACCUAUCCUCUGUCCUCAUAUUCUAUGGAUCAGUUGCGACAACUAAUUCCAGCACGAGCAGCACCAGAAAUCAAGCGCACAUCUUCAGCGCUGCCGGCCAUAGAAGCUAUCCCCGCAUCAUCGCGUCUCCCGCUGCGCCGCUCUACAGCGCAGUCCACCAUCUUCCCCGCGAGAAACAGGGAGACGAGAUUUAUCGUGGAGUAGCUGUCAGUCUUCUAAAAUAUUUCCAGGAGAUUCCACAAGCCGCCCAGCAGUGCUUGAAACAGAUUGCAAAGACUGGAAAAUCAACCGGGAGGUUUCCAAGACUGUUCGAAGAGACUCAUGCUGCUGAUCUCGCCAACAGAAUGGCCAAAAUCAACAAUACAGCCGAGAUUGUACGAGAUCUUAGACUUGCCUACGAUGAGAGGAAGGCCCCGUGGAUCGACAUAGAUGUCAUGCUGCCUUCGGGCUCGACUAUCUCGCCUGCACCACAAGACCAGGAUGAGACGGCAGCAGACGAAGCAUUGGACGAUAACGCAAGUAGUGGGCAAUAUGGGAAAUUUACAUCAUUGAUCGAAGCUUUUGGAAACCCAAUCUUCCUUCCAACCUCCCGACUUCGACGAGCGCCCUCCCAGCCGACAAACCUGAGCAAGUCGACCCUAUUCACAAGAGGUCAGAAAGAAGCCUUGCGGCUGGCUAUGUGCGAGGUUGUUGACACGGAAGAACGCUAUGUGAGCAAGAUUUAUGACCUAGUGCACAAUGUUGUCCAAGAGUUUCAACAAAAGGCUCGAUCUAAAAGCACAUCUAGUACCAGCCCCGACGAGACUGCCUUGGCCGAACUGUUUCCUCCAUGUCUUGAGGAGAUCCUACAAGUCAACAUGGAUUUCUUAAAAGUGAUGCAGCAAAUCCUAGAGAGUACCGAGCAGGGAGCUAUCACAAGCCUCGCAGAAGAUACAGAUCUACGCACCUCGCCGUCCGGUCGCAUGGCAUCAGAACAAGACAGAGAUAUAAUGGGCGCAAUGUCCUUUGCAAAUGCGCUGAUUGAAUGGUUUCCCCGUUUCUCUGAACCAUAUGCCGCCUACAUGAGAGCCCACACCGGAUUUACUCAAACCUUGAACUCCUUCCUGAAGGACGAUCAAUCGAGCUUUUCGCGCCGAGUUUAUGAGACUGGCGAACAAAAACUGCGAUCGCUACUGAUGGAACCUGUUCAGCGGUUGCCCAGGUACAGCCUUCUUAUCGACGCUAUGACAAGCAGUAUACCGUCCAUUCACCCAUCCGUUCGCGUUUUCCUCAAAGCACGAGAUAUCAUAAAAGAAAUCUGUUCUCUUGACACGCCAGCUAAUACCGACCAUACCCGAAACAUCAAGCGAGUGAUGAAACUGGUUGAGUAUUGGCCACCUUCUAUUACCCCUCAGGGACGCCUGAUCAAUGCUAUUGAUUCCACUGAGAUCCUCCCACCGUACCACAUUCAAGAACAGCAGAACACUCAGAAUGCGACUACGCUUAUGCUUCUUUACAAGAAUUGCCUGGUCUUGCUGUCUCGAUACCCAGGGAGCAACAUGACAGCUCGUGCGCUAUUGUCAGAUCUGGAGAAUCAGCCAACCACCACCAGCGACAAGUCCCUAUCGCAGCCCAGCCCCCAAUUCAGGUUUCUAAGAGCCUUUGACUUGAACAGCCUAUUUUGUGCACAGUCGAGUGGUGGUCAUAUUCUUUACCUGAUGCCUACCACUAUGCUGUUCAGUACCUCGCAAUUAGCGCAAAUGACGCCACAUGCGCUUAAAUUGUCAGGUAUGUAUGAAGGAAGAGCGAGCCGCUUGAUUGAAGAGAUCUUGAAAGCCAAAAUCGAGGGUCGCUUUUCGGAGCGGGAACGUGAAGGUGCCAAAUGGACGUUGCGCAGUCCUAGUGUACCGUCUGGAACGCUUGGGAUCCUUGCUCCCGUAUUUGAAGAGGACGCCAAUGGAUCGAUGCAGCGAUCUGGAUACUCAAGGAUUAGGGUCGUUUUUGAUACACCAAAAGCAAUAUGCACGAAGACCUUGGACAAUGGGUCAGUAGACGUGAUCGUGUCUGUGACUCUGGCGGAUGGCGAUAUGUACAGAGUGGAAGUGAGUACCAUUAGUGGUCCCACCACUGUGGACACAGUGAGUGCCGAUAUAUUUAUAUCGACAAUUACAGCAAGACUGUCUCCUCUAAUUCCUACGGUGUGCAGUAUCCAGAAUCGGACUUUAACAGAAUCGUCGAUCUACUCAAAUCUAGACAUAAUCCGCCAGAUCGGCAACCAUAUCAUAUCUCAAACAAAGGUCGCACGUGGGUUCCGGCCGCCAUCUCCUACGAAACUAAUUUCAAACCUCUGGGGCAGUGGAAGUCAAGCCAAAGACACACCUUCCUUGUCAAAAUCAUUUACACAGAAUCUGGUUCUCGGUGAUAUCCCGAAAAUGACACCAAAAACUGUCCCACGACCAACAACUUCACCUGGAAUGCUAGAUGAACCCCCCAAAAUCUCAGUGGUUGCUCCUUCCAGUUCUGGCCAGGACGACCAGCUUAUGAAAUUAGAGCAGACCCUGACGGCUUACAUUCUUGCUCUACGCUCGCGGAGUGGCAACAUUGUAGGUCGCAGCCUGAGAACUAGGGCAAAUGCAGACAAAUCUAUGGUGAAUGAACUGUACAACGUUCUCCUAGAAGAUCCUGCCAAACUUCAAGCGGCCGCCGAGGUUCCUGUCGAUGUUUUGUUCGUGGCAUUUGAGACAUUUAUGCAUCACGCGUGGAAGGAUUUGAUCGGCUCAAUCGUGUCACCUGACGCCCUUAGGGCAAUUCAGUACAAAUUUGAUUCUUCAUUCCCAAAGGACUUUGAAGACUUUUUCCGGAGAGUCCUUGGUGAUUUUGGUCCACAGAAUCGCCGUGCUCUCACUGCAACGGUUCGGCUCCUAGCAGAGCUCCUGGAUGCCUCUGGCAAUGAUGGCGACAGGGGUGCAUUGACGGUGGCAUUUGCCGAGAUACUUAGUGAGAAUGAAGAUCCUAUGCAGUACAUAUCUUUGCUUGAUCGUCUUGUCGAAGACUUUGAGAAUCUAUUCGAGGAAUCAAUGAGCGAAUCGAAAUCACAUGAAACGACUCCGAACAGACCUCGUUCUUACACGGGCUCCAUAGGAUCUAAUGCCUCGUCUUUCCGGAAACGCCUGGGCUUUGGCCUGCACCGAGAGAACUCAUCUCGUUCCGAUGGAGAGAGCAAAGUCAGUUCCCUCAUACGCACUUUGAGUAAGACCAAAAACAGUGGCGAUUCAGACGUGAAAUCACAGUUGUUCCGUUCAAAGUCAACCGACACGGAUUCCAGGCUUGCGGAGCUGCUACGUCCGACCACUCGAGAACGGCCCACAUUAUACGGAGCUUUCUUGCCGGAAGACGAUACUCGCCGUCCAGGAAGCGCACAUGAAGAUAAUUCUGUGCUCGGUGCUAUUCGUGAAGCGCCUACCACUCCACAAAGGGAACCAAUCCGUAGAAAGAAAAGACGGAGCUCUCUAUCCGAUUUGCCAGACCCAAGUACCCCUCCACGCCCUGUUGCGCUAUCAUCAAUUGAGAUACGCAAUCCAUUGACUCCAGUGCCAAAGCCUCGUCCCCAGUCGGAAGUUUUUUCUCGCAUAGCUCAAUUACAGGAGCCUGACAGUCCUGAUCCAAAGGCGCAUACUCGAAUACCACAGGUUUCCAAACUUUCCGCCCAAGCCACUUCUCCUCGACGCUCAGGAUCUCCAGUACGGAGUCUCCUGUCCCCGGUAGCCCUCAGGUCCCCGAUGCAAAAGGAGAAUAGUCAGCAGAGACCAAGGUUGGCGGAACGUGCUGUUAACAAGAAGACUGAUGGGCCAGCAUCUCCAACAUACACGCGCAAAAAGCGAUCUGAUACUCUGACCAGUAUCCCGCAACCAUCCAGAUAUUCGUUGCAGUUCAAAGACCGACCUAUGUCGUCCCAUGGAGUAGACUUUUCAGGAAGACGUGAACGAGCCUUGUCAUCGCCGCAAAAGCCUCAGAGGAUACGCAUGCAAAGCCCUCAAAAGCUCCGCGAUCGUCUUCAGAGUACCUUACAUGUUCAAACCCAUGCAGCAUCUGCCUUCCAGUCUGAAUUGCAGCUGGUUGGACAAGAACUAUCUGCUCUUACGUUAUCUUCCUCACCAACAGGAAAUAGCCAGUCUUUCUCGAUCGAGGCCUUGCAGGCUCGUAUACGCAACCUGGAACAACAAUUCUCAAGUUUUAGUACCGAUAUCAGUAAUCAAACAGCAAACAUGAAGAAAGAUGUGGAUUCCUCAUUGGCUGUAAGCGAGAAACGAGCAAAAAAGCUAGAUGAGCUUUACCGGGAGGCUAGCGCAGAAAACGAGGCACUAUACGAGAGAUUCAACACUGAACUUGGUAAAGUCGUGAGAGAAGUCCGUGCAGGUAAUGGAGUGGAAGUUAUGAAGACGCAGUUGAAGAGCACGUUGGAGGAACUCAGUCGUGUGAAAAAGGAGAAUUUGCGACUGAAACGCGAACUCGGAGGUCUCAAAGCAGUGAGAACCGAUAUCGAGGUGUCUAGUUCUGCGAAGGAGGUUGUUGAGAUACCUGAUGCAUAG